CAGGAAACCAAUAUUCUUCCUGUCUAAUCAACAAAUCUAAAAGAUUUAUUCUUUUCAUCUAUCUUCUCUUGCUCUUGUCCACCACAACAGGCUGCUUACAGGCUCAGGAUGGUUUUGACAAAGAGCAUUUUCAUGAGUUACUUUUGUAUCUCCACCCCCUCUUAAAGAAAAGAGGAAAAUUUGUUUCAUACAGAAGGCGUUCAUUGUAUGAAUGAAAACUGCCACCUAAGUGUGGGCUAACUCAACCAAGAGGGAUUUCACCUACAUCCAUUCAGUCAGUUUAUGGGGGUUUAAAGAAAUUCCAGAGAGUCAUCAGAAGAGGAAAAACAAAGCAUUAACAGUAUAAAUUGCCUCCCAUGCUGAAGUGCUGCCUAUCACCCUUGCUAAUCACUACUUGCAGUGACCUCAAGUACUGCAGGCAUGUUCAAAAUGCAGCUUGCAUCCUGUGUUGUACUGAUGUUCGCACUCCUCGUCAACAGCGCGCCCACUUCAAGCCCUACAAAGGAAACACAGCAGCACCUCACGCAGUUAUUGCGGGACUUACAGAUGCUUCUGGGAGAGAUCAAUGAUGACAGGAAUCCGAAACUCCCCAUGAUGCUCACGUUUAAAUUUUACAUGCCCAAGAAGGCCACAGAACUAAAACAUCUUAACUGCCUAGAAGAAGAGCUCGGGGCUCUGCAGAGUGUGCUGGAUUUGGCUCAGAGCAAAAGCUUUCACUUGAAAGAUGCUGAGAAUUCCAUCAGCAACAUCAGAAUAACAGUUGGGAAACUGAAGGGCUCUGAAAACACAUCCUCAUGUGAAUUCGAUGAUGAGACAGUAACUGUGGUGGAAUUUCUGAGCAGAUGGAUCACCUUCUGUCAAAGUAUCAUCGCAACAAUGACUCAAUAAUUAUGUGCCUCCUUCCUACAACACAGGGCUUUCUAUUUAUUUAAAUAUUUAAAGUUAUAUUUAUUUUGGAUGUAUUGUUUACUAUCUUUGUAAUUAUUAGUCUUCAGAUGAUAAAUAUGGAUCUUUAAAGAUUCUGUUUGUAGGCCCCAAGGGCUUUAAAAUGUCUUAAAUUAUUUAUCUGAAAUUAUUUAUUAUAUUGAAUUGUUAAAUAGCAUGUCUGUGUAGAUUCAUUAAUAAAAGCAUUUAGAAGAGUUGG